AUGCACUCUCUUCCUGCCGUCUUCGCAAGCCUUUCACUGGCAGUCAUCAAGGCGUACGCUCAUUCUGAGAGCUAUGUCAGUUAUGGCGUGCCGUUCCCUGGUCCCCCACAGCCGAUUACUCGCAGUCCGACAUUUGUCGAUGGCACCUGGGUUCACACGUGUCCGCCCGCGCCUACAGUUUUCUUCAACGUUACAGAAUAUGUACCUGUGAAAGUGACAGUGACGGCCACUGCUUCAUUUACAGAAAGGACCACUGCGUCCGUCACCGACACGGCCACUGAAAUCCUCACCGAUACCACCACAGCAUCUUUCACCAACACAUCCACCGAGAUCCUUACCGCUACUACCAUUGAAUCUGUCACCAACACGGCCACGGAGCUGCUGACAGACACCACCACAGCCACUGAAGUACUCACUGAACGCUUUACGAACACCACCACCGCAUCCUUCACUGCCACUACGACUGCAUCUUUUACCGAGACCACGACUACAUCCAUCACAGAAACAACUACUCGACCUGUAACCAUCUACCAGACAAUAAUAUCUACAACAGUCGUCACCACGACUCAAACUGUUACGGAGACGGAGACUUCGACAACAGUGUCGCCGAGUCCUACCACCGCGACUGCUACCGAGAAGCUCCUCGUGUCGACGUUCACGACUGAAGUGACCAGCAUCACACUUUGUCCCACAAGAAAGGCCAACCCAACGUACACCGCUUCCGGACCAUACCCCACUGACUGGACAUGGGGCUGUCCUCCCGGCUGGCUGUGCAGGCCGAACCGAACGAACUGCAACUUCGAAGCCGGCCUACCGGACCAGAACUUCUAUUGCGCACCCAACGAAUGUAUCCCGGCUGAGGCGCUAACUCAGCCACUGCAAACAUGGAACGCAGACAUAUACGGAAACGCGACGCCACUGCAGGACCCAUCGUUGAAAUACCAUGCCAUCGGCGACUACUUCAACAUGAACCCCGAAGAUUUCGGCUUGACAUAUGAGAUCUUCAUUGUGGACGAAGUGUUCACCGUCACUUCGACCACUCUGCUUCUGCCGGCACCGACACCCACACUCGCGGCGCGGCAGGCUCAAACUAGCGUCCCUGGCGCCUGUUACCCAUGGUGCAACAACUGUCUCCUGGAAGCGCAGGCGAGGGGCAAAACGUCAGCGCUGUGCGUGCCAGGUUCGGCGUUCGAAACAUCCCUGAAUCAAUGCGAGCAGUGUAUUUCUGUGCAUAAGAGCGACAGCUCCGGCAGUUUCGUACAGAUUUCACCUCAAUUCCAGCAGUUUCUGGACUAUUGCGCGCAGUAUUCAACCACGGUGGUGACCACGGCUACCACCUCGACAAGCACGGUAUCCUCGAUUUUGUCCGCGACAGUUACUUCGCAGAGCUCGGUAACGAUAGCCACAUCGACAGGACAACGCACUUCACUGACGACAGUGGUGGCUACAACCGCAACCACUGAGACACCAACCACUUCAACCACCGAGGUCCUAUCUACAUCUACUGGUGUCUCCACACUAACCGGGUCCGCGGAAUCCUCCCCUGUCAUUAUACCGACAACCUCAUCCCAAACCUUACCUGUAAUCACGACGACCACCGCUACGACGGUUCCUACUACCACGUCAGUUAUCUCUGAAACACCAUCCUCUUCUGCCGCUGCCCAGUCAGUUUAUACAACGACCUCGACGGCCAUUACGACAAUCUACUCUCUGAGCACCAUCACCGGCACUCUAUGGUCACAAAUCACAAUCGUCCUCCCCAUCUCGGGCAGCAGCACAACCACAGUCUACGGUUCCGAUCUGACAUCCGGCGGCGCCAGUCUGGUCCUCCCUGAGGCUUCGACGACCAGUUCCUAUCUGACCACAAUGACCGUGACGCCUGGCAAUUUCGGGGCUGACGGAGGUUCGGCCACGCCCACAGCCACCGGCCCGGCAACACCGCAAACCACGAGCCCCGCUCCAGCUGCGCCGUCUGCGUUUCCGGGCUCUGCUUCGCGUCUGAAAGUGACGUCUGGAGAUCGAUCCUGGCAGACCAUGAUAAUCGGUCUGGCCAUAAUAUAUGCGCUUGCACUGGUGUUGUGA